UCCCACCCCAAGAUGCCGUCCCCCAAAAGCAAAGCCAAGAAGAAGCAACCUAAAGACAGUGUCACGCUGCUGCCCUGCUUCUACUUUGUAGAGCUCCCCAUCGUCCUGUCCUCUCUGGUGUCCCUGUACUUCCUGGAGCUGACGGAUGUGUUGUCCCCGGCGACCGUGGGGUUCCGUUGCCAUGACCGCGACCUCUCCAUGCCUUACGUGGAGACAGGUGAUGAGCUCAUCCCUCUGCUGAUGCUGCUGAGUCUGGCCUUCGCCGGGCCCGCUGCCUCUAUUAUGAUGGGGGAGGGCCUGAUGUACUGCAUGCAGUCCAGGCUCAAGACUUGUCACAAAUCAGAGAGCAGCAUCAACGCCGGAGGCUGCAACUUCAAUUCCUUCCUGCGCAGGACCGUGCGCUUCGUGGGUGUUCAUGUGUUCGGUCUCCUGGCAACAGCCCUGGUGACAGAUGUCAUCCAGUUGGCGACUGGUUACCACACCCCUUUCUUCCUGACCGUCUGCCAGCCCAACUACACGGCCCCGGGAGUGUCAUGUGACAACAACGCCUACAUCACUCAGGAUAUCUGCAUGGGAAAAGACCAGUAUGCCAUCAUGUCAGCAAGGAAAACAUUUCCAUCCCAGCAUGCAACGCUCUCUGGCUUCGCCGCUGUCUAUAUUUCCAUGUAUUUCAAUUCAAGCAUCAGCAGCACCACUAAGCUGCUGAAGCCGUUGCUGGUGUUUGCUUUCUGCAUGGCAGCCGGUCUGGCCGGGCUUACACAGAUUACUCAACACCGCAGUCACCCCAUCGACGUCUAUGUGGGGUACCUCAUAGGGGCUGGAAUCGGGGUCUACCUGGCGGUUUAUGCGGUGGGGAACUUUAAAGCAUCAGAGGAGGAUGUUGUACCCCCGCCCCGGUCAGCGUCAGCACAACAGAAGGAACACCUGCGGGUGUUCAGCCAGCGGAGCCAUGACUCACUGUACAGGAAGACCCCAAGGGCCUCCGAGAGCAGGGAGGAGCUAGGGGCCGGGCUUGGGCCAGGUGGCCGCAGCAAGGUGCGGCGGGAGAAGGCCUCCCUGGCCUCCCUCAAACGGGCCAGUGCUGACGUAGAGCUCCUCGCCCUCCGGGGUCCCAUGGGCAAGGAAACUAUGGUGACCUUCAGCAACACUUUGCCUCGUGUUGCCAACGGCAACAGCCCCAUCUCACCCUCUGAGGAGCCGGUAGCCGUGCAGCGUCAUAUGACCUUCCAUGUGCCCUUUGACCCCCAGAGAUCUCGGCAGCUAGUAUCCGAGUGGAAGCAGCGCUCACUGGAGCUUCAUAGCCAGAGCUCCCGGGAUGAGGAGGAGGAUGGGACAAACGGAGCAGACCGGAGAGAUGGCGGGGAGGAGGAGGGGGCAGGUGGAGGACAAGGAGAAGGAGGCGAAGGAGGAGGAGAGCAUUGCAUGCCCCCAUCCCUAUACCCCACAGUCCAGGCCAACAGGGGCACUGCCACGCCCACUGGGGCAAGGGUGGUGGUGGCCCCUCCACUCGUCCACAUCCCAGAGGAAGCAUCUCGUCCCCCGCCUGUCUCCCCAAAGAGUGCCAAGACGCGGGCCAAGUGGCUGUCACUCACCGAAGGGGGCGGGAUCAAAGAGCCGGGAACAGGGCCCAUCGCCGUGUCGACCCCCCGUGUACCCAAUACUCUGCCUCCUGCUCAGCCCCGAGUCCAGCAGGUGAUAGCCAUGUCCAAGCAUCAAGGCCAUGGACCAGUCCCGUCCCCCUCCUCCAAGACCUCGGAGACCACCUCUUCCUGUGGUGGGGGGUCUUCCAACGGCUCUGAGUCGCCAUACUACCGCAUCCCCUCCGACCGGGACAGCUGCACAGGGAGCAACCCGGGGAGCAUCGCCGGAAGUGGCAGCAUAGUCACCAUCGACGCCCAUGCCCCACACCACCCAGUGGUGCGUGUGUCCGCCGCCAAUGGGAAGCCGUGGGAGUGGAGGAACACCAUCAGCGGGCACAUGAUGAGCGGAGACACGGCGGGGGACAAGCACCGGAUAGCGCUGCAGCGGCAGGACAACGUCAGCCAGUACCGCGACUACCGGACACUCCCCGUUAAGACGGGCGACUCCCUUAGCUGCCCCCUGACUGGAGGCGUCGGGGGCGAGGGAGACUCAUCACCGCUGCCUCCGCCGCCCCUUCCCCUCUCCUCCUCCCCACUGCCUCCACCACCACAACUGUCCUCCUCCACUCUUCCGCCAGCCCCCCGCCCCAGCUCCUCCCCACCGCUCCCUCCCCCACCCCAGCAUGCCUCCUCUAUGCUUCCCCUUCCACCCCAUCCUGACCUGCUGAUGGAUGGUCACAGCCAGGCACUGUCCCGCACCUCCACCCUGCCGCGACGGCCCUCCGACUCGGCCCACAGCCACGCUGAGCACGAGCACUACUACAAGGCCAUGCAGGAUGAGAGGAUGUUAUAG